AUGAAGAAUUUUCAAAAUAAAGAUAGCGAUUCCUAAUAUCUAAAGAUUUCUUACAUCAUAGAAUUACUAGAUUAGUUCCAAAUAAAUUAUGAUAAAGACUCAGUUUUUAAGGUCAGAGCAGAAGUAACCGAGCAUCUAAUGACCUAAUCUCAAGAAAUUCAUAAUUCAACUAAAGAUUACUAAGAUCUAGAUGUGGCUACUAAAAUUUAAAGUAUAUUACCAGAUUUUGAACAAAAGGAAACUUAUCAAUUAACAGAAAUGAUAAAAGGAGAAAAUACAGACUAAUAAGAUCAGCAACUGAUUCACAAUAACCUAAAUAUUUUUAACGGAAAGAUUGAUAACAAUUAAGAGUAUAUCAAGUUCAGUCAAGAUCUUAAUGCAAUGAGUACAUAGUUAUUGGAGCUGACUUAGUCUAUCUUAAAUGAAAAAAUAUAAGAAAAUAAAAUUAAAUAACUCAAGGAUCCCAUAGAUCAAAUAAGAAAAUUAUUGAAGUAAUUGAAAGGUAUCAUCUCAACACAUAGUUUGCGAGUUUUAGAUGAGAGUGAUACGAAUAAUAAUCAAACCAAAGGGAGUCAAAUAUAAAGUAAUUCAAACUCUAGUGAUUCAAAAUAAAAUAAAGAUUAAAGUUCUGGUGAUGAAUAAGUCGGGGAAUUCGGAGGAAUAGCAAACAAGAUACUCCCAGCCUAUGUUGGCGUUAUAGUUGGUAUUGUAUUACUAAUCUUAUCAUUUUACUUACUCAGAAGAGUGAUUUCUCGCUACAGAUCACAAAGACUUGAAGAGCAGCUUAAUUUGUAAAGAGUAGACUAGCUUACAAGCGAUCUAUAGAGAAUAAGACCUAUAAAUUUAGACACAUAGAGACUCAAUUCUCUGUAGAAGGUUACUGAGUUAGCGCCUCAAAAAUGCUUUAAGGACCUAAAUGAGAAUUAAUACAACAUGGCUUAAUGUCCAAUAUGUCUUGAAAACUUUAAGCAAGAAGAUAAGAUAAGAAUUACCUAGUGUCACCAUGUAAUGCAUUCUUGCUGCUUGAUCGAAUGGGCUGGAAAGUAAUUAGAACUGACAGCUAGAUAGCUAAGCUUUUCUCAUCCCUUCUGCCCUAAUUGCAAGUUUGAUCUCACGACAGAUAAACAAAUUAAAUAUUAAAAUUACUAAGAAUUUAGGCUUCAGAUAAACAAUUUUGAAGGACUACACAAUUAAAAUACUUUUAAUACAGAUGUAAUAAAUUAGUUGAGCUUAAGAGUUGGUGAUGAAAACUCAGCAUAAAACUUGGCUGAUGAGAACAGUACUAGGAGAAACCACGAAUAAUUCAUUGAUUAAUAUUUGCUAGAGGAACAUGAGGAAAAUAUAUAAUAAGAGUAGGAUAUUAACAAUGGAUUGCCAGAUUAAGUUUACAGAUUGGCAGUCAUUUGA